AUGAGCCCAGGAGAAGUUAAACGAGAAGCUAAACACCUAAUAAUUCAAGAGAUUAAAAAGUUAGACGAUAAUAGUAUUAAAGAGCUAAAGGAAGAAUAUUGCAAGCAGUUAGAAAAAGAAGCACACAUACUUGAACGCUAUAAAGAUGAGUUAGAAGAAUUGCCUCCAGUAAAAGAAAUCACUAUUGAUGAAGAAAAUUCUCUCAAAGAUGUAGAUGGUGGAGAGUUAGAUCUAUCUGAUUAUCCUAACUUAGAAAUUAUAAUAAUUGAUGGGCAUUGUCUGAAAUCGCCUUUAACUAAACUAGAACUAGGGCAGAAGAGAUUUUUAAAAGGACUUUAUUGCUCACGAAAUCAAUUAACUAAUUUGGAUCUUUCUGGCUGUCCAAUUUUGGAAGAAAUUCAUUGUGGAAAAAAUAAAUUAACCAAAUUAGAAGUUAAUUAUUGUACUAAACUUCAAGAACUAGUUUGUAAAGAUAACCAAUUGGCAGAACUUAAUCUAAGAAACUGCCUGCAAUUAGAAGUUCUUAGAUGUGGUUUCAAUCAAAUCACUGAAUUAGAUUUAACUAGUUUAAAACAUUUAGAACAGGUUGAAUGUAAUGAUAAUUUUUUAACCAAGUUUGAUUAUUCUUCUUUAACUCCUGAAAAACUAACUUACUUGAAUAUCUCUGAUAAUAAUCUUCCGGAGCAAGAUUUAUCGGUCUUUAGUAACCUUGUGAAUUUAGAAAAUCUAUUAAUUGGUGGUGAUAAUAAAGAACAUUUCUCUAAAGGGAUUUACAACCAAUUUACCGACAUCGAUAGUGGCUUAGAAUAUUUACCUGAUAGUGUGGAAAAAAUAUGCUUUUUAGUUGAGGAAAGGGCGGAAAGUAAAGUGAAGCAAUUAGUUGACCAAUUAUCUUCCUUAAACUUUGAACUUACUGAUAAGAAUAGGGGUGAGUAUAGCCGGCGAGGAGUAAGCAAAAAUGCACAAGAAUGGUUAGACAGAAAAUGUCCAUCAGAAAAAAGAGUCAAGUUUAAGGAGUUAGACAUAGGAAAUAGUAAUUUAGUAGGUCCUUUAAGUUUGCAAAGUUUCACUAAUCUAAAAGAACUAUAUUGUUCUAACAACAAGAUUACCAAUUUAGAUUUAAAUGAUUGCCCAAAUCUCACUACUCUUUUUUGCUAUAGAAAUUUAAUCACUGAAAUUAAUUUUUCUCCUUUGAAUUUUGAAAAAUUAAAGAAAUUGAGUAGUUUAAAACCCUUAAAAGUACUGAAUAAAUUAGAAGAGUUAGAUAUUAGUAAUACUGAAAUUACGGAAGGUUUAGAGAAUUUACCAAAAAGUAUCAAAGCAAUCAAUUGUUCAAACAAGGAACGUCCAGAAAGUAAAGUUAAAAAAAUAGCAAAACAAUUAGAUGAGGAUAAUUCUUUCACCUGUGCUGACGAAGACAAGAAUUACUCGCAAGAAGAAAGAAAUAAAAUAACAGAAUUAGAUAUUAGCAAAAACAUAACUCUGAAUAAUUUGCCUAAACUUCGUUCAUUAGAUAUUAGUGAGUGCGAGGUCACUAACUUGGAUAUUGCUAAUUGCCCUAAUAUAAGAGGAUUAUUUUUGAUUGAUAAUUUAUUCACUGACUAUAGUUUUCUUAGCAAGUUAAACUCGGAAAAGUUAACUCAUUUGAGCAUUGGUGGCAAUAAUUUUCCUCGUCAAGACCUAACUCGUUUGGGAAAACACUUAACUUCAUUCACUAGUCUAGAAUCUUUUGGAAUACCAAAUAGCAACUUCUAUAUCGACAGCGGUUUAGAUCAUUUGCCUGAGAGUUUGAAACAGAUUUGGUGUGAUAGCAAAAAAGAAGAUGCUGAACAAAGGGCGAAUAUUACCGAAUUAAAUAUUAGCGGAAAGGAACUGGAGGGAGAAUUAGAUUUAAGUGAUUUUGUGAACUUAGAGAAUUUAUAUUGCGAUAAAAAUCAAUUAACUGGCUUAAAUAUUAGCGGCUGUUAUAAAUUGAAACACUUAAUUUGUAAUUAUAACAAAUUAACUAACUUGAACAUAAAAAAUUGUCCAGAAAUUGUUGUACUUAUGUGUGGAAUUAAUUACCUGACUAACCUUGAUUUUUUGGAUCACUUAAACAGCGAUAAGUUACAAGGACUUUUUCUCAUAGAUAAUGAUUUUCCGAGAAAUGAUCUAACUCCUUUUUCUCGGUUUGUUAAUUUAUUUAUUUUAGCAAUAGGUAAUUCUGAUAGCAAGGAAAGAGCAGAAAAGGGAAUUUUUAAUCGUUUUUACGGUUCGUUAGAGCCUUUGCAAAACAUGAGCAAAUUGGAACAUUUAAUUAUUCCUAACACUGAUAUCGAUAGCGGCUUAGAGUAUUUACCAAAUAGUGUUGAAAAACUCUUUUGUCAAGUUCACCAAGAGGUAAGCCCAGAUCGUCGAGUGAAAGCAAUUGGGCAAGAAUUAAGAAGAUUCGGAGAACCAAAAAAAGACGAAAGUUACAAUGGACUUGACAACCUCGCCCACCUUUUGCCAAUUUGGAAAGCAAAUCGUUCUCUAAAACUUAAAAUCCAAGAGUUAGAGCAAGCCAACGACGACUCUUUCCAAGAGUUAAUAAAAUCUGAUAAAGAAUAUGCACUAGCUGCCCAUGCCAUACAAAAAGGCUAUAAUUCUACAACAGUUAACAUAAUGGACUUCAACUACGAUAAUAAAGAAUUAGGUAAAACCAUUAAUGGUGGAGAAUUAGAUCUAACUGAAUUUCCUAACUUAGAAAAAAUAUAUAUUUGUGGAUUGUAUUUAAAAUCCAAGUUAACUAAACUAACAUUAGCUAACAAAGUUAAACUUGCCUCUCUUGAUUGUUCCUACAACGAAUUCCAAGAAUUAGAAAUCACAGAUUUCACUAACUUAAAGAAACUUGUAUGUCAUAACAAUAAUUUAGUCAGCCUCAGUUUAACCAAUUGCCCUAAUAUUAUUGAACUUGACUUUGAAAACAAUUCACUAACUGACCUUAACUUUUUAAUCGGUUCGGUUCCUUUGAUUAAUUUAGAAAAGUUAAAUUUAAGUGGAAACAAGUCCAUUAGUUCCUUAGAACCCCUAAAGAACCUAAAAAAUUUAAAAUCUUUAAAUAUUUCAAAAACUAGCCUUAGCCCUAAUCUAGAACACUUGGAAAACUUAACUGAAUUAGAUUGCUCAGGUAAUGAUCUAAUCAGUUUAGAUCUAAAAAAGGCCAUUAACUUAGUAAAAAUAGGCUGUUCUAAUAAUCAAUUAACUGAAUUAGAUCUUAGUAAUUGUCUAAAAUUGGUUGAACUUAACUGUAAUAAUAAUCUCCUAACCAACCUAGAUCUUACUCAUAACAAAGAAUUAGAAGACUUAAAUUUGGCUGGCAAUAAUUUUUCAGAAGAUCUAUCCUUUUUAACUCAUUUGACUAAAUUAGAAAGCUUAAAGUUAGGAGAUGGAUCAUUUUUUGGCUUAAUAAUCAAAAAUAAAGAUAUUCGUAAUCGUUUUGUCGGAAGUUUAGAGUAUUUAAAGAAUAUGAAUAAUCUAAGAACUUUAGAUAUAAGUAAUACCGACCUAGAAUCGGGCUUAGAAUAUUUGCCUGAUAACUUAAAAAAAAUUAUAUGUGCUUAUGAAAAAAGUGACGGUUGUGCUAAAAUUGCUAAGCAAUUAAAGAAAUAUAAAAUAAAAGAUAAUUUAGAUUCUGAUGAAGAAUUAGAAAAAUUAUUUAAGGAAUUUGAGAAAUUGUUGCUAACAAAAACUGAAUCUGACUCAGAAGAAGAGCAUUCAAAUGAACAGUCAGAAACAAAAAUUCAAGAGUUAGAUAUCCAAGAAUGGUUAGACAUUGAGGAAGUUAAGAUGACUCCUGAACAAUUUUUAAGUGAAGGUAAUGAUGCUGAGUUAAGAGAAUUAUUUGCAGAGUAUAAAAAGCAACAAACACAAGUUGAAAUUCCUCCCAAAUAA